ACGGGCCACUUUCCUUCUCCAUCAGAUUAAACCAACGCCCUCGUCAGAGAAGAAAACCCAGAAAAACCAAAGUUGCCACACCCUCAUAAUAAUGGUAAUUUAUUAAUUCAAACAACAAAAGCUUGUUAAACCCAACAAAGCUAUGUCCAGAUCAUCGUUAAUUCACCGCAUAACACCCUUCUUCAUCUCUCGGAUUCGUCAGAAUCACAGGCUUCUUAGUUCCUCUUCUGCUCUUCGCGAAGCUCCUGCUCCUUCUUCUUCUCCUUCUCUCGAUGAUGCCAUUCACUUAACUGAUAAUUGUGUUCGGAGGAUGAAGGAGCUGCAAGCCAGUGAAGGAUCAGCAGAUGAAAAACUGCUUCGCUUGGGUGUGGAAACUGGUGGAUGUUCUGGUUUCCAGUAUGUAUUCGACUUAGACAAUAAAAUCAAUCUGGAUGACAGAGUUUUUGAGAGAGAAGGAAUAAAAUUGGUAGUUGACAAUAUUUCAUAUGAUUUUGUGAAAGGGGCAACUAUUGACUAUGUUGAGGAGCUGAUUCGUUCUGCUUUUGUAUGGCAGGAACUAAACUCUACUUCCAUUCGUAGGUGACUAUAAAUCCAAGCGCAGUUGGUGGGUGCAGUUGUAAAAGCUCUUUCAUGGUGAAACAGUAGCAGUAGCAAUCUAUUCUCCACACAUCCAACACGACUUAAAUGUCAUCAAUAUUUGAUUUUAAUUAGUGCUCAAUGAAUCUAUUUAUGACAUGAUUUUUUUCACCCAACAAUUAUCAUUUGAAUCUAAUUGUUCUCCACAUGCCUUGUAUAACAAUAAUGUAGCGAGGGCCUUUUUUGUAUUCUAUCAUAUGAACAUCUCUAUUCCUUAAUUGGUCAUACAUUUUUUGAUAAUCA